AUGUCAGGGCAAAAAAACCAGUUGGAGUCUUCAGCCGCCCGUGAUCUCGUCAGACAAAUUUCGAAACAACAUGGCUACCUGGGGGAAGACGUUCUUAGCCGGAUGGACCCAGAUAUUCGGCGGGAAGUCGAAGAAGCAUUGCUGAAAAAGGAUGCGAUGAUAGGGUCUUCGGUGAUAACUCUUGCGAAGAACUUAUACAACAGCACCGCUCGCUUCGUCUUCGAACUCCUUCAGAAUGUUGACGACAACUCAUACAACGUGGCGAGGUCUAGGUCCGCCGACCCAUUUGUUUCUUUUUGCGUCGACAACCGACGGAUAAUUGUUGAGUGCAAUGAAGACGGGUUUACCCACGAGAACUUGGUGGCUAUUUGCAACGUUGGAAAAAGCUCCAAGACGGGUGCUCAGGGGUAUAUCGGGGAGAAGGGGAUCGGGUUCAAGUCUGUAUUCAUGGUGGCUUGGAAAGUUCAUAUCCAGUCGCGCGAUCUAUCCUUCUCGUUUCGACAUAACGUGGGAGACUCCGGGAUGGGUAUGAUCUCUCCCAUCUGGGAGGAAAGUGAAGAAGUGUUACCCCGUCCUCUGACACGGAUUACUUUGUAUCUUCAUGAGACUGGGUCGGCCGCAGACCUGGCUACCCAGCGGGAAACCACCCUUCAACAGUUUCGGGAGCUGAAGGCUGCGUUCUUGCUGUUCAUGAAGAACCUACGAAGAAUUGAGGUCAAACUCUGUGGCAGCCUUGAUAAGGAGAUCUCACGGACAACCUUCUCAAUGCGGUGCGAGGACGAAGGUCGAGUCGCACUGAAGCAGGAGAUCGUGCAGGAUGGGGACCUGCAGGAAUGCACCCAAUACUACCACACGACAAAACUCACGGCGUCGAACAUACCGAGGAGCGAGAACCGAGAAUAUACGGAUGUAGAGCUGGCGACGAAAGCCUAUUCGGAAACGAACAUCAUUCUGGCAUUUCCCUUGACACGCGAUUCCGUGCCUAUCAUCGAAAAACACGAAGUCUUUGCGUUUCUGCCAAUACGAAACAUGGGCCUGCCAUUCCUAAUUCAAGCCGACUUUGUGACCGAUGCAAGCAGGCAAGAUAUUGUCAGGUCGUCCGCUCGCAAUCUAAAACUUCUUACAGCCAUUGCCCAGGCAUUUAUUCAGGCGGUCAAACAGUUUUGCACCCACACCAGCCUGGCUUACCAGUGGAUGAGAUAUCUGCCGGAUUUUGAAUGGGGCUCUCAAGACCGAUAUUGGAAAGCAUUGCCUGGCGAGAUUCGCCGCCAGCUCCAACUAACUGACACGAUGUGGACAAGGAGCCACCUCAACAUGCGUUGCAUUGCAGACGUGCGAUUGCUGCCCAGUAGCAUGUGCGAUAAGUAUGGAAAGCCAUUGCUUCCAGACCUAGACACGGAACAGUAUCUGUCGCCUCACUAUGCACUCAAAGACUUGAACUCUUUAAGAGACUACGGCCUCCAGCUGAUGAACAGGCACGAAUUUGUUGACAGGCUGCAGCAAGAUAUCAAGAGUGACUCUUCAUUGAUGCGAAAUCCCAACACCAACGAAGACUGGCAUUCCGCUGUGGCGAAAUAUCUUAUGGGGGUGUUGGGGCCUAAGAACCCCAAAACGGCCGAGAAGAUAAAGAAGAUUAAGCUCAUCCCGUUAAUGGGAGGGCAUUGGAGAAGCUCUUCGGCCCUUGAUAGAUUUCCGGUAUAUUUUACCCGGGCGCAAGGGCAUGCUAUUCCGACUGAUGGGAUAUUCGACUUGAUUGCGCCCAGUGCAGAAAUCAAUCCAGAUCGAAAACAGCUGUUUGUUCUGCUGGGCGUUCAGGAGGCUUCGGUGCGCGACAUUCGCCGGGAAAUCAUACAUCGAGGCGCGUCAUGGGCUCAUGGACUUGAAACCUCCCAGUCUUAUUUGCAGUUUCUUUAUCUUACUGCUCAUCUGGAUCGAGAGCACGACCAGCCAAGUACCUAUUCUCUAUUAAAGCUCAUGGACAACGCCUAUAGGAUCAAGUCGUGCAAACAGGGGGUAUGGUACUUUCCUGACAAGGAACCAUAUAGCCCCCAAAAGCUGCUUGCUCGAUUCGAUCCAACACCAUCAAUCCUUCAUCCGCACUAUAUGCGUGAUUGUCCAGAGAAGCCGGAAGAGGAAACCCGGUCAUGGAGGGCGUGGCUCAGCGAAAUGUUUGGUAUCCGUAACGUGGUCCCGCUGACUUGCAACGGACAGUUGAGUGAGGAAUGCCUCUACGUAGCCAGAUCUUGUCAAGAGAAAUUCCUACCGUUUCUCUUGAAGUACUGGCAGUUUGACGGGGCAACCAUUGCGAACAAUCCAGACCUUGUCAAGGCGUUGCUGAGGAUUGAGGUUCUGUGCGAGAGCGGCAGGGCCUAUCCACUCGGUAUAACGUACGUGCGUGCUCCUCAGGUCGACUCAGUUGAUCAGUUCUUACGGGAGGGCGAAUUCUUCCCAUGGCUGAAGCUUGACCCUUCCGCCGAGGUGGCAGGAUUCUCCAACAUACGAGUCCUGACAUCAGCACUAGGAUUCGGGAGCCCCAAGUCCGAGCUUGAGUUCUAUCUUACUAUUUUGCAGUUUAUUUCCGAUGCGAACAGGGGAGGGAAGGAAGUGCUGGGCGCUUCCCGCAUUUUUGAUCUCUACAGACGAAUCGAGACCAGGUACCAUGAGUCUGUGACUCUGGAAAUCUCCCGUGAAAUGAUUGCGAAGCCCCUGAUUUAUGUUCCCGAACCCGCGCGUGAGUAUGCUAGCUGGGCGUCCCCUCAUGAAUGCUUGUGGGAGGCCCCUGGAUAUAUGCUAUCCUCCUACCCUUUAAGGUCGCGGUAUCACGAUAUCGCGCAGGGAAAAGAUUUGGGGGGCCUAUUUCACGAUAUUCUAGGAAUACCAGAUGCUGGAGUUGACGACUUCCUACUUGAGCUGGAGUGGAGGAAGGAUUCCACUGAUGUGGAAUAUGACCUGGUUUAUGACUUAUAUCAGGAGCUUAAUGCGAGACGGCCGGGGAUGGAUGACAAGACCGUGAAAAAGAUCCGGAAACGAUUCGAAAAGGACCAACUCAUAUAUUACAAGUCGGAUGAUGAGAGGAUGUGGUACAGACCAUCCGAGUGUCUAUGGUCACCUGUGACAGACAUCAAGGGAAUGAUCGCACUGAAUGACGCAUAUGAAGACCUUGUUGAUUUCUUCACUGAGCUCAUCGGUGUCCGGACGUUAACUCUCCAGAUGGUUCACGAUAAACUCGUGGAACAAGGAAGCGGAGGAUUGCCGGCGGCAGAAGUCAAACAAACAAUUUGGCUAUUCAAUUCGUAUAUGCAGAAGGAGAGCGAUCUUCCAGCCCCGAGGGAGGUUCUAACGGCCAAGGUAUUCCCAGUCAGAUAUCCAACUGGAAGUGUUGAAUUGUGCAGCUCCGCCGUCGACUUCUCUGUAGCAGACCGCCGGCACCUGUUCGAUUCGUUUUCCCAAAAAGCCAAACUGCUUGACUUCAACGUCAAUGAUAUAGCACGCCUAGAGCCAUUUCUCCAGUGGACCGGGCUCGACAGGCGGUAUCUAUCGACUUCGAUAAAGGAGAUCUCCACGGUGUGGGGCGAUUCCCACACGUUUUUGACUUCAUCGUGCCGCAACAUUGCUCGAAAGGCUUACGGGUUGCUCCGGAUUGCCGUUCAUUUUAGGAGUCCGCGGCUCAAAGCUGGCGAGCAACCUCUCUAUGCGAUGUUGAGGAACAUCCGCAUCUGCGAAACAGAUGGACUUAGUUCCGAGUUGCAUCUCAACCAAGACGGAAAGGAUAUCAUGGUGGAAAUCAGCCAGAGUGAGCUCCAUUUCCACGAAUGUGAAUCAGGGCUUACAAUCUACGUACCGCGUGACGAACAAGCGCAGUAUCUGUGCUUUUUGGACAGGAUUCCCCAAGCUCUGAUGGAAUGGAUUAUGACUGAGCCAUCGACCGGUAUCUGCGAGCCAUCCACCGAUAAGGCUCUAGACGUUCUAUCAAAGGUGCUACAGGCAGAGCCAAAGUACACGAGCAUGACCCUUGACCGAGCUGGUAUUAUGUCGGUCGAGACGCCAGAAGAAAUGGCAGCUGGCCAGGUCGCCGAAAAUACCGAGGAUGAGCUUACUGAACGGCAUACCGAAGGACAUGACUGGAUCGACGAUGCUCCCUCGACCGGGGUCUUUAUUAGAUCGGCUCGCAGCGAAUCAUCUGUCACCCUAACUGACGAAUUCGCCUCUGCCCCCUAUGCCAGACCCUCCAGUCCUUCACGAGGAUUGAGCUGGACACCACUUACUCCACGUGGUGUGCCUAGUGACGCAAGCUACUUAUCCCGGGGAUCUGCUCAACCAAUUGACGUGGCCUAUGCUGCCAUUCUUCGCCGUGUUGUUACUGCCGCUAGAACAACUACAUUCCCAAGUAAAGGGGCUUUUAACAUGACAGCCCUAAGCGACUCUCUAGGCCCUGGCAACGAACCCUUCCAGCUGCGCGCCAUCGAUAAGCUUUCCCGAGAUAAGCUCAUCGGCGCAGCUGGAGAACUAUUCGUCUUCGAAACACUGUGUUGUCUCAACCCGUCCCUUCCUCAUUUCGGCCGUGAUAACUGGCAAAGCACCAUUCGGAACCAUGUCAAACUCCACGACGAUUACACCGACCUUGAGCCUUGGAAUGGUCGAGAGACGGCUGACAUCACCUACUCCGACAGGCAAGGGAUUCUCACUGCCUUACUCAUCAAUAAGGGGUAUUUAGAUGCCACAUGGGCCGGAGCGAGACCGGAUUAUUUUCUAGAAGUCAAGACUACGACGUCCUCUUGGGAGACCCCGUUCUACAUGAGCAAGUAUCAAUAUGAAAGGGUGUGUUAG